UUAUGAUCAUGUAUCACAGCAGUUUCAAAUCUUUUACGAGUACGAACAGUGUGCCAAAUGAUCGCUAAAUAACAGCAGUUAAGACCGGAUGCGCUGCUUUCAAGGGCCCUCGAUAAUACGCGUAACAGUUAGCGGUCAUCACAAGAAUUUAUAUUUUCUUGUCUUUAUAAUCAAUAAAAAUAAAAUAUUACUCUGAAAACGUAAAAGUGACCAUUUGAUUGUGCAAGAAAACUUACCAUGAAGAAGCUGUAUCUGUGCAUUGCAUUAGAAUUAUGCGUGCUGGCCAUGUCGCAAAAAACUGCCUUGGAUAAAUCGAUUCUUAAUUACAUCUAUCGUGGAUAUCGUAAUUGGUUAACGCACUCUCACGGUACAAGAAGUGAGGAACGGAUAUCUCAAUUACGGAAAAAAAAUAAAUUUCAAGAUGAAGUUCCAAUAGACGUCUCUUUUCCUUGCAACGUAACAGCCGGCAGGUCUUCGAAUGUUCCCGAAUCGGUUCACCAUUUAAGACCAGGAGACAUAGAUGUCAUUGCUGCAAUGGGUGAUUCCUUGACAAUCGGCGCUGCAGUUACUUCGAUUUAUACGUUGGAACUGAACAUUGAAAAUAGAGGCAUAGUAGGCAGUAUCGGCGGUCAAGGAAAUUGGCGACAGUACCUGACUCUUCCUAAUAUUCUUAAAGAAUUCAAUCCUAAAUUAGUAGGUUAUUCACUUGGCGACUCUGUAAGUAUUGAUCCUGCUGCGCAGUUAAACGUCGCCGAAAUGGGAGCUAUGUCUAGAGAUAUAACUUUCAUGGCGACAUAUUUGGUCAAUAAAAUAAAAGAAGACCCGAGGAUAGAUAUCAACAAACAUUGGAAGUUGAUUUCGUUGAUGAUUGGAAGCAAUGAUUUUUGCGUUAAUAUGUGUACAACUUCUUCUCCAUGGACUAUGUUAAAUGAUCACAAAACAGAUUUAAUUAAUACUCUUAGAAUAUUAAGAGACAAUUUACCAAGAACUUUUGUUGCUCUUAUACCACCACCUCACUUAAAGGAACUGAUUACUGCACACCAUGGAAGAGAAUCAUUGCCGUGCUAUGUGUCAUCCAUGAUUCUAUGUUCGUGUAUGUUUGCUUUACAAUUUAGAGAUCAAAGACCGGAAUAUUAUAAAAUAAUAGAGAGGUGGCAAAAUAUUGACGAAGAAGUCGCUAAUUAUCCAGAAUUUCAUAGAAAUGACUUCACUGUAGAAUUUUUACCGACUCUGAAAGAAGCAAAAAUACCACUUGCCGAGGAUGGAUUUACCGAUCUCUCAUACCUUAAUGCUGAUUGCUUUCAUUGGAGUCAAAAACUACAUGCACUGUAUGCGAAUAAUCUGUGGAACAAUUUGUUGGAACCAGUUGGUAACAAGAGUAGGAAUCUCACUUCGUUAUUUAAAAAAUUUCUGUGUCCUACUUCGGAAAGACCGUUCUUGAUGACGUAUAAAAAUUCACAGAACAACGAAACUUAAGGAUGGUUAUAGAAAUUAAAAACAGUUUCUGUAAGUGGACGAUGUAUUAUAGCCUUGCCAUUCAAUUAAAGGAACGAGCAAUUUAUGUGUAUCAAUACGAUACAUUUCUGUGUACGAAUGAAAGGGAUGUUGUUUUCCUACAUUUCUUCCUUCUUAUACAUAAUUCCUUAGAGUUAUACAUUCUGUAUUACAUAGUUUUACAGUCGCAACAAGAUUCUAAGCUUUCCGAUUGCCUUUGCACCAUCCAGACUAUUUACUUCAAUUUUAAAUAAUAUUAAAUAAAACGAACACAUCAUUUUUAAAUAGAUUUUCUAGAAGAAGCGUAACACGCUUUAGUACUAAAUCUAAUAUUGCUAUAUACUUAUUAGAUGAAUCUACAUACAGUCGCGUUCUAGAUACAGUAAUGUAAAUCUUGUGUUAAGAUUCGAAUAACAUAAAUUUCCAUAUUCUUCGUUAAUUAUUUAUAUGGCUCCAGUUCUGCGUCUAUGUGUCUCUUCCGCACUCCACAUCUGCAACACAUCGUCCAAUUUCUGAAACGGUCAUGUUACCGCGCUUACAAAGAUGCAUUUUUCGGUAUUCAAGCUUGUCGCCGCCCUUAGAACAAAGAGUAAAUUCGCCAAGAUCAAACCCGUUAUUCAGAACGCGUUACGCGUCGCACUACAACGACUUUUUAGUAUAAUUUUUAGGAAAGUUAGAAUUCUUUCAAUCGCCUUUGUCGUUAUAAUCGUCCGCGUAAAGUUUGGUCGUCCAGCACCGUUAAUUUUAGUUGUUCAAUAAAUGUUAAAUCGAAA